AUGAUCCAUUAUGCGAUCAGGCCUAUCGAGUUAAUCGAAACCAAAACAAACAGUUUAUACAAAAUAAGUUACAAAAAACUAGCUGGCACUCGGUAAGGGAUUAACCCUAAAAAUUAAUCCCGCAUAAAGAGCAAUACUUUCCAGUUUUCUGUGAAGUAAUUAACACCAAUUUUGUCAUAGGAAAGUCAGUAUACUUGGUGUAAGAGUAUGGCGACUCAGGAAGAUAAAAAUGCAUAAAAAACAUCGCACCAUCUUAUAUUAUCCGGAAACUGCUAGUGGAAAACGAUGAGUAAGUGAACCUGUACAGAACUGCCCAAACAUAUAUGACUGAUCAUCUAACUACUGCCCCAUCUUUUGAACCAAAUGGGUGUGGAGAAGCAUGAAAUGAUAUGCCGGAUUAUUACUUCAAAGCGAAAUGUGAGUUAAGACUGACCGUGGCCAACGUUUAAUUUAUUCCUGAUCCCUACAUACGAAGUUAAGCAAAAAUCCCUGGAUGAGGACUCCAAAAAAUAGGCUGUUUAAUUUAGAUGACGUGCAAACCAAAUCGCUGUCGGUACUGUUUUGCGAUGCCUCCCAUUAACUGCAUUCUACAAAGUCGGAUUCGUAUUCCUAUGUAUGGAGUUAGCAGUAUGGCCUUUCGGCAUACAAAAACAAGGUCUCAGCUCCAUAUAUUCAUCAAUGAGGAGUUAAUAUACGGGUGAUGAAAGGUUCUACGAGGACAGUAAUUAAUCUCUCACAAACAAGACUUUGAACAUGUCAUGCGGGCACGCUUAAUUCUCUUUAUAAUCACAACACGUGUUUUAUGCAUCAAAAACAAUGUUAUUUAGUGUAAAACUAGAAAAUUAGCACAUGUACUCAAGAUACUAACCACUUCUAAUACCUGGUAGUACCUGAAUAGCAGAACGCGAGUUGGAAUUGGACAAGUGCACAAGAGACGUAACUUGCACACAAAUACACUGCAAUUAUACAUUUAAAUGCUAUACCAUACGGUAAAACGUUGUCCAGCAUCCCCCAUCCUGUUCAAUUUCACAAUUGAUUGGAUUUCGCGGCACGCCCUAACCGAGCACCACGGCGUCCAACUUUCGCCCGAUAUUCACAUAACCGACCUCGAAUUCGCCGACGACGUCGUGCUGUUAGCUGAAAACUUCCCCGAUAUGCAACAGGCGCUCGACCAGAUAUAUCACCUCGCGCCUACCAUCGAUUUGAAAAUUAACACUUCCAAAACAAAAAUGUUUUCGAACACAUCCACCAGCAAUGAUGAAAUCUUAUCCCUAAAUGGAGCACCUAUUGAAAUUGUGCCAUCCUUCAGAUAUCUGGGAUCCAUAAUGCUCCCCAACGGCCAAGCGAAAAACGAAGUGAAUGGGCGAAUCUCCAACGCCCGGAAUGCGUUUCUACAGCUGAGGAGCGUUCUAUGGAGCAAGAGAGAAAUCAGUCUCAGGACUAAAAUUCGGGUCUACCAAGCUUCCAUACGACCCGUUCUCCUGUAUGGCUGUGAAACCUGGCCUCUUCGCGCGGAAGAUUUACGCAGACUCGAGGUAUUAGACCAUUGGUGUCUCAGGUACAUUCUGCAUGUUCGUUGGCAGGACAAACUCUCCAACGAAGAAGUGCGUCGUCGUUGCUACAACAUCAACCAAAUUCCAGUACUGGUCCAACAACGCCGCCUUCGGUGGUUUGGUCAUGUUCUGCGCCGACCAGAUGACGAUCUGGUCAAAUCAGUUCUAAAUCCCUCGCCAUUACCAUCUUGGCGAUGUCGCAGGGGCGGACAGCUGAAGACAUGGCUUGGUACAGUCAAGGCAGAUAUGGAGUGCCUGGGGCUACAAACCGUCUACGGACUCUGUAUGUGGAACAAGAAUUGGAUAUCCCUAUCGCAAAACCUUGCAUCAGAUCGCCGCGCUUGGGCAGCGACGAUUCGAGACGUUCAUGAAGCCGACUCAUCCUCCAGUAGGAGAUAGCCGAAGUAAAGUA